GAGAUGCAGCCUCAGUCUGUUCAUCAGCGCUGUUUCGCUAGCACGCUGACCGCUAGCUGUCUAUUGGCUCAGCUUCGCUAUAACACAGCAGCAGCAUCAGCAUCAGCAUCAGCAUCAGCAGCAUGCCUCACACACACACACUCACACACACUCACACACACUGCCUUCAGCCAGCGAGCGGCGGCGGAGAGAACACACACGCAGCUGAACGCAGCGCAGACUGAGCCCCGGCCAGGCUGGGACUGAGACCCAGCGCGGGCGGCGAAUCCACCGGCUCCCGCCGAGGACGCCGGAGGAACACUUUGGAAUUAAGAGCCAGCGGCAGCAGCAGGAGAUCGGAAAGAGGAGGAGGAGGCGGGAGGAGAGCCUCAGCUCGGAUAAAGACGGCUGGAAGCUGCCGGGAAGAAAGCAAAGAGAGUUGCGGACCUGCUCACGCUCUGCCGUCUGAGGGAAUAACCUCAGGACGGAGACGCCGACGCCGACGCGAACUCCCCUCCACUGAGGAAGACCAGGAGGAGGAGUUGUGGGCAGAAAGUGGACUUGUGCUUGUGAGUGCUGGACGGCGUGUCUGAGCGUGUGCAUGUGGACUCUCAAAACAGAUGGGCUAAAAACAAACGUGUCCAAACACUUUUGACUUUUUCGUUUAUAUUCAAAUGCAUUCUAAUGACAUGCGAAUCUGCUAACUCUAUGCUAGGACACACUUUGCACUAAGAACCAAGCUAAAAAGCGUGUCGCUGAUUUUGUCCCUUGUGUCCAAAUACUUUUAACACUUACUUUUAGCGCUCUAGCUCUGACUCUGCGUUCGUUAUGCUGAUGGUCAGAACAGUUCCAACACAAAGUGUCACGACUUGGCGUGCUAUUUUUAUUUAACUUGUGCGUCCAAAUACUAUUGGCACGCCCACUGUGUUAAAUUAUUUCUUACAGCUUUCGAACGCAAAUAUGCCUCAUGAACACACACGAAUCUGUCUUGCUUAACCUGAUCAAAUAGUGCUAAUUUGCAUAUUUUGUUUUGUUAAAAAUUGUCCAAAUACUUUUAGCAGCCACUUAUUUGCGCUCUAACUCUGACUCUGUGUUAGUUAUGCUAGCGGUGAAAGCAGCACUAACCCAAAGCGACACUGCUUAGCAUGCUAUUUUUGUGAACUUCUGUGUCCAAAUACUUUUGGCACAGCCACUGUGUUUUUAACUUACUUCUUAGCACAAACACGUCUCAGAAACACACACAGGAGUCCGUCUCGCAGGUAUGCUAAUGAUGUUAAAACUGUGUUGAAUCGCAGGUUUCGUUUGGUAAACACUAGUGUCCAAAUACUUUAAACGCACCCAGCCUGUUAUAUUAUUUAAAACAGAUUUUCCUAAUCAUACUCGCACACUAGUCUGUCUUAGGGAUGUGUUAAAAAUGCUAACACAAGUGUUACUAAUUAGCAAUUUCCAUAAACACUUUGUGUCCGAAUACUUUUGACACAUUGGGUCAGUUAUUACAUUACUAAACGCAGAGUUCUGGCAGAGGAAUGUGUUAUAACUGCGCACUGAUCUGUAUUACAGAUAUGAUAGAGGUGUUAAAGCGACGCUGAAACAAAAAGCUGAAAGCUGUGCUGGUAAUUAACGCAUCGCUUUUGAGAGCGUGUGUGUGUGUGUGUGCGUGUGUGUGUGUGUGUGUGUGUAUGGGUUUCCACAUGGCGUGCUACUACAUCGUCAUCAGCUCCACUCACCUCAGCAACGGACACUUCCGCAACAUCAAGGGAGUUUUCAGAGGCCCGCUGUGCAGCAAGAACCUGGAUUAUGCUGAGAAGGAGAAAACCUUGGCCAAAGCCCUGGAGGACCUCAAGGCCAACUUCUACUGUCAGCUGUGUGACAAGCAGUACUACAAACAUCAGGAAUUCGACAACCACAUCAACUCCUAUGACCAUGCGCACAAACAGAGGCUGAAGGAGCUGAAGCAGAGGGAGUUCGCCCGGAAUGUGGCCUCGAAGUCUCGGAAGGAUGAGCGGAAGCAGGAGAGAGCGCUGCGCCGGCUGCACGAGCUGGCAGAGCAGCGCAGAGAGGUUCAGUGUGCCCCUGGGAGCGGCCCUAUGUUCAAAUCCACCACGGUAGCAGUAGAAGGUAGUUUCAGAGAUCCACAUGAGGAGAACCAGAGUGCUGGAGGCCAGGAACCUGGAUCCCAGAACCAGCUGAGCAGCUGCAAACAGACCACAUGGUCAUACGGUGGAAAAAACGCCAAGAAGCAAGCGCUAAGGCGCAAAAUAGCCUUCUCCUUUUCCUUUCCAAAGAAAGCUUCGGUGAAGCUGGAGUCUUCGGCUGCAGUUUUCUGCGAGGGUCUGGAGGAGGGUAAGGUGGAACGAAGUGGUCGGAUCCAGGUGCCGUUUGUGGAGCUUGACCUACCAGACUCGCCGGCUGAGGGGAAAGGGGUGAAUUGCAAGGACACACUUUGUUGCACUGCAGAAAGCAGCAAUGUGGUCAAUCAGGGGUCCCUGGAUAUACCUGCUGGAGUGGAUGGCCUCCAGCAUGCUGCUUCAGAUUUGUGUGCGUUCCUCGUUUACUCUGAGGACACCUCCAUGUCUCCUAUUACCCACAUACCUGCCAACUCUGAAAGCGUUCUGGACUCUGAGAGCCCUGUGGAGAGCACUGUGGCUAGGCAUAAAGCAGAAAGUGGUCAGGAGACGAGCAGCGAAAGCAAAGAGAAAGACUUGUCCGCAAGUGACCCUCCAGUUAAGGCUUCCUCUGAUGUGCCACCUGAGAACGAUUCGUUUCAAAGCCAAGGAAAAGAGGAGGAUGCGGCUGCUGCAAAAACUCUCAGCCCAUUCGCAAAGCCUAGCCAGCCUUUUUUCUCUGUCCUCGGCAGGGAUGGUAAAACCAUCUUCCAGUGGCCUUCUGAGAUGGUUUCCUUCACCAUGACGGAGCCUUCCCUGUCUUUCAGUUGCAAUCCGCUCCAUUUCGACUUCAGAGGGUCACAGAUCAGAAGGUGCCCCGAUGCUCAGGAGGCGACCGAACCCAAAAUUGAUGAGGAGUCAUCAUCUGUCAGCACGACCACCAGUUCACAGAAAUCGUCCAGCUUAGAAAGGCACACGGAGGAGGCCUCAUGUGGCCACGGAACAGAGAGCAAGGUCAGAAAGUGCCAUCAGUAUUCCGGCGAUACAGAAAGUGGAGCGAGGCCGAAAGUGCACGGCAGAUGUAGGCAUUCCAAAGAUUGGCCUCAUGCUGGCAAGAGAGCGGAGGACAAAUUGCGGGCUAGAGAUCGGCGCCAUUACAGGAGCCAGCACAAAAAGAGACACAAGCGGCGCCACAAGAGAAGAAGGAGAAGGAGGGAGGAGGAGCAGAGUGAGAGCGACGUGCAGAAAUGUGCAAAAUCCCACAGACGAGCGGAGAGCCGCGAAGAGCUUGAUAGCCAAUUUAGAGGCGCCACUUCACAGCAAGCGCAGCCAUUAGAGAAGUCAAAGCAAUCAGCUCAAAAUCAGGCCGAGAACAACAGCAUCACUCCCACGAAGGAGGGGGAGCAGGCAGGCAGGAUAAACGGCUCUGCAGGAGGCUCUGAUGAACCUUGGGCCUGCAGCGAAAAGGUGGUGGGAGUCUGUGGAGGGACGGCAGGGGAGGCAGACAUAACAGGACACGGCUCGAGCUGUCUCAACACGCCUCCCUCUGAGAAAGAAUCCUCAGAUCACAGCAGCCCGAGGGUGGAGGAUCCACACUCUCCGGAGAGAGAUGGAGAGGAUCCGUGUGCGGGAAAGAUAGUGAAGAAACGACACAGUGACUCAUGCAGUGAGGAUGAGCCCUGGUCAGACGUGACACAAUGCAUUUACUGUGGAUCCUCGUCACAAGACAACGAUGGGCACGAAGGCUCGGAUUUAUCUUGCCCAAAACACGCGAGAAAAAGACAAAAAUUGUCUCAGCUCUCACACCUUGAUGACGGAGAUCCUGUUGCCAAAAGUGUUGUUUUGAAUGCAGAGGGUAGGCCCUCUGCGGUGGAGUCAGUGGUGAAUGAUUUAAAGGCAAUGUGUGACAGCUCCAAUGGGCCAGACCAAAUCUCAUGCAGUAUUGAUGACUUAGAGAGUGGUGCGGUUGAUUGUCAGAUACUGACUUCCAUUAGCAGCGCCCCGGGUCAAACAGCCAUGGAUAACAGCUGCUGCCAGCCGAACUCGAACCCUUCCCCCACUCAGAUCAAUGCUCAGAGUGGAAAGGGCACUCAUCCCCUACCUGCGGGAGACUCUGAGCCUGCAGAGAUCCUGACAGCCACAAAGCAGCUCGCUAAGAUCCUGUCCAGAGCGGAGAAGGGCUCUGCGAAGGAUUGUAAAAAGUGUGCCGUGGCGGCUCAGGUUUGUCUGCUGGAUGUGAGAGAGAUCGUCCCGCGGAAGGCAGAGAAAACCAGUCACGAUAAAUCGUGUCAGCACAGCCCACAGCUGCUACAGCCGCAGAGAUUUCACCUACCGGAGAAUGAGCGGCUAAGCCUGGAGGGUCUGCUGGAUGUGAGAGAAAUCGGCCUGCGAAAGGCAGAGAAAGAGAAAGUCAGUCAUGAUAAAUCAUGUCAGCAUAGCCCACAGCUGCACAUGCAGAGAUUUCACCUUCUGGAGGAAGAGGGUUUGUGCCCCGGCAGAAGCCAAUUCCAUGCCUCGCCGUGUUUCCAGGCCCACACAGAAAGCCUGGAAAGGCAUUGCCUCUUACAGGCCCAUGCCCACAGACGGGUUUUGCACCAGCAGGUGUUUCCCACUAAGCUGAAACCGGUCUUGCCCAGAGCUUCUCUCCAAGUGUCUAGUCCCAUCUUGCACCCGGUCCACAUGCCCUCUACCGUGCCAUCAGGAUCCAUCACUAUCCGCCACACUAUCCUUCAGCACCAUGCCACAUUCCUUCCCCCACAGCCUCCCAUCUUCCCUCAGGUGGUGCCAGUCACCCGCCUCCCCCUGGCACCCGAAAUCUGCCCACCUGCCGGCACGCCUGCCUUCGUCACACCUUCCCAGGUGUCCGUGAUGGCUCCGCCCACUAUCCACCCAACAGCUGUGACGUUUCACGCCCUCCCUCGUCCGACUGCAGUCUUUCCGCCCAUCCUCCAUCGGCCAGCGGCAUUCACGCCCGUUUUGCCCCCCCACCCUGCAGUCAUCCCACUGCAGCCUCUCUUCUAGAUGCUACAAAAGACAGUUGUAUAAUGAACAGGAACAGGAAACAGGGAGAACAAACACAGAAUGUUGUCCAAAAAAACAGGAACAAAAUCAAUUCUAUUUUUAGAGUGAGCACUAUUUUGAAAUGCCCUAUUAAAAAAUCUCAGUAACAUUUAUUAACCCUUUUAAAAUAGCUAAUCACUAUAGAGUUCAGCAUUUUGCAGAUAUCAUUUGUUUUCUUUUUAUGAUUUUAUUCUCUGUGACUUUCAACUCCUUGCCUAUAAAGCAAGUACCGGUCCAACAUUACAGUGCUUGAAGACUGAACUGGAAGACGAACCGGGGG